CUCAAGUAAGUUCAAGUUAUCUUCCAUAACUCUUCUCUUCUUUUGGCCCUUUCUGUCUUCCCCAUUUCAAUUUCAUCGAUUCCCCCAAUUCGCUCCUAUUCAAUUAAGUUUUCCAAUUCAGGUUUUGGAUCGUUCUAUAAGUACAUGCAGUGUAGUUUGGUUGGUGAAUGGCAGCUUCUGAUGGUAGAGUUACAUAUUCUUCGCUAUCUAAGCUAGAAAAGGAAAACACCCAUUUUGGCUUUGAUGCUAUGAAUCAUCACGGUAAAUCUGUGUGGUCUGAGCCUAAGGCUGGCACCAAGUGUGCCCAAGUAGGCCCAACAUUCUCUAACAAAGAGAUGUUGUAUCAGUUCUCCUCUGAGGAUGAUGAUUUGUUUGAUGGAUGUUAUGAAUCAAGUGAUGAUGUUCGUGGUAUUGUACCCUCUAACAUGCACCCAGAGGUGAACUUGAAGAAUGUGCUUUCUGGGAUAUUUGCAAUUUUGACUGGACGGAACAAGUCACCAAGGAGUACUGCAAACCAGCAGCUCCCUAGUUCAAAUGCGUCAUUUCUAGACUCUGGAAAGAAUGGUGAUGUUUUCCUUGACUCUUCUGUGUACACACCGAGUGCGCCACCUCUUUGUCUGCCAAAUGGGGCUGAUUAUAGUUCCUACAAAGAGGUCUUGGAAGCUAAACCCCCUGAGUGGCUCCCUGAUAGUUCUACCACUGUUUGUAUGCAGUGCAGAGCUCCAUUUACUGCACUUACUCGUGGUAGACAUCAUUGCCGGUUUUGUGGAGGGAUUUUCUGUCGAACAUGUACAAAUGGGAGGUGUUUAUUGCCUGUUGGGUUCAGGGAAAGGAAUCCCCAAAGGGUUUGUGAUGCCUGCUAUGACCAGCUUGAUCCUUUGCAGGGUGUUCUUAUCAACACCAUAAGCAAUGCUGCGCAGGUGGCUAAGCAUGAUGUCAUGGAUUGGACUUGUGCUAGAGGAUGGAUUAAUCUUCCUAUUGGUUUAUCUAUGGAGCAUGAGAUUUAUAAAGCAUCUAAUACAUUGAGAAACUACUGCCAGGUUGCCAGCUCCAAUCCUGAGAAGUCCAUUCCUUUAACUGUUCUUAAAAGUGCCAAGGGCUUAGCAAUUUUAACAGUUGCUAAAGCUGGUGCACUGGUCUCUUACAAACUAGGUACUGGCUUGGUUGUUGCUCGAAGAUCAGAUGGAUCAUGGUCAGCACCAUCUGCUAUAUUCUCCCUGGGUUUGGGUUGGGGUGCUCAGAUUGGUGGUGAACUUAUGGACUUUAUAGUUGUUCUCCGUGAUAUGAAAGCUGUGAAGACAUUCUGCAGUCGCAUGCAUUUUUCUCUUGGUGCUGGUUGUAGUGCUGCUGCAGGGCCUGUUGGGAGAGUUCUUGAGGCAGAUAUUCGUGCUGGUGACAGAGGCUCUGGCAUGUGUUACACUUACAGUUGCAGUAAAGGUGCAUUUGUGGGAGUAUCUUUGGAAGGAAAUAUAGUUGCAACCAGGAUGGAUGCCAAUUUGCGCUUCUAUGGUGAUCCGUACCUCACCACAUCGGACAUUCUCGUGGGGAUGGUGGACAGGCCAAAGGCUGCUCAACCCUUGUAUGCCUGCCUUCAAGAACUAUAUUCCUGUUUACGUUUCUAAGCUGGUUCCAGUUCUAGAAUUACACCUUUCUUUCUGUGAUAAAUACUCCCAGUUGUAUAUACAGUUCAAUACUCCCAGUUGUAUAUACAGUUCAAUUCUUGUAUGGAUUUCUGAAAUUUGAUUCACGUUGUUUUUUCAAA